UUACCAUGGAAAAACUGCAUCCACUUGACUCUGCUGCUGCUCCAGCUGAGUUUACCUGAAGUCAGAGCUUCCUGUCGUAUCCUGAGGUGCAACUCGGAUUUUGUGGCUGCCAAGCUGGACUUGGGCAGUAGUGGUGGCGGAGAGGGAGGAGCAGCAGGUGGAGCUGCUCUCAGCAGGGAGGCGGUGAACACAGGGUACUGCAGCGCCCUGCGCUCCUAUGCCAUGUGCACAAAGCGGAUGGCGCGACCGUGUCGUGGUGACCUAGCAUACCACUCUGCGGUUCAGGGCAUUGAAGACCUGCUGAUCCAGUACCGCUGCCCCCGGGCGGGGCCAACGGCCCAGCCCCGGCCCCUGCCUCAGGAUACACUGUCAGGAGAUGCCUGCCUCUACGAGAGGAGCUUCUUCAGCCGAGAGGGCCGGACACCAGAGUACCUGCACUGCAGCGUGUUCGGAGACCCGCACGUCCGAACCUUUAACGACAACUUCCAGACGUGUGCCGUGCAGGGGGCAUGGCCUGUCAUAGACAACGAGUACCUAUACAUACAGGCCACCAGCUCGCCAAGCACAGGGGGGUCAUACAGCACAACGCUCACCAAGAUCACCAUCAUCUUUAAGAACACACGUCAGUGCACUGACCAGCAGCUGUACCAGGCCGAGCUUCAUAACGUUCCCGCUGCCUUUGCUGAUGGCUCAGUGUCGAGUGGCGAGCGCAGAGGUCAUCACAGCCUGACAGUCUGGACUCAGAGUCCCGGCCGACAUGCCGAGAUCCGAGCGGCUCACAUCGGCACACUGCUGGUGGUGCGUCAGAGUGGCCGAUCACUCAGCCUGUCGGUCCGCUCGCCACGCAGCAUUGUGGAGGCCUUUGGCCCCGAGCAGGACCUGCAGCUGUGUGUGUGGGGCUGCCCCCCCUCUCAGAGAGUCAACACACUCCACCCUGUGCCACCUGACUCCAUGCCAUCCGCUGCUGUCAGCACCCACGCUCACUGUGCCGCACUGCUUCCUGUCCAAGACGUCUACUACCAGGCCUGUGUGUUUGACCUGAUCACCAGUGGAGACGUGAAUUCCAGCACAGCUGCCGUCAGUGCACUGCAGGAUGCUCGAAACAUGAUCUCUGACCGAGAGAGGGUUCACCUAAAACCAUUCGCCUCAGCCGAACGCCUCCAAGCUCGGCUGGACCUGCUGCUGCUGCUGCUCAGUAUGCUGGGAACUAUAAGCAGAGCCUGAAGCAGUAACCUUACAGUACUGUGAAGAAGUCUUAGGCCACCAUUACUUUUGCCCUUUUAGUAAGGUUAUAAUGCUAAUUUAUAUUUAUUUAUCAGUUUCUUUAUUGAGAUGUAACCAGAAAAUAAGGAAACAUGUCCAUAAAUUAAAUAACACAAACUAUUCAGAACCAAAUGACUUCUACAGUCCAAAGUCAGUAUUUAGUGUGACCUCCCUUUGCACUUAGCACAGUUCGAGUUCUUCUGGGGAGACUGUCUGGUGCUGCGUUUCCACUAUGGGCCACCCAUGAGCUGUAAAACCGGUACUUCAUCCCACAUAACGUGAACCGUCCUGCUUUGGUUUGCCAUUGUAUUUUCUCUGUCGGCCUCUGUUUAGAGGGGAGGGGGCUGCUGAGCAGUUGGAGAACAGAGACCGUGAAGGAUUACUCCACAGUGCACCAAUCAGCCAGUAACAGAGGCUGUACGAGCAGCUGUUGAACAAGCAGAACACAGACUUGCAGAAAUGUGCCAUCUUCACCAUGGUCUUCACUGAAGUCCCUGUUUUACCCAUAAACCAAUAAGUGAAGUCCUGGUUUCACCUUUAAAGCAGUGUAAGCCCCUCUUUACACAGCCUGCUUAUAAUGCUAAUGCUUGAGGUAUGAAGACGUGGACAUUUAACAGAUCGCCAGCGACACCCCCUCCUCGCGUUCCUGGUACUUUAUUUUAGUACUACCUCUUGAGGGGUGCUGAAACUUAGCUCCCAGAAUGCACCUGCAAAGUGGGCGUACCGUAGUGAAAACAAAGACGGAACCUGUGAUGAGCCUCACUCGGCUCAGCACGUUUCACUAGGUUCCUAUAAUGGAAAAGCCCUUUUGAAGUGUUGAAGCCAUGACAGA